CAGUUAGAUUGCAGACUGGUCCGGUGACUGUGGUUUCUCUCGUCGUCUGAGUGAGUGAGUGAGAGUUGUGAUUCUUUGCUUUGAUACAUGUGAAGGGAAGGGCAACUGUGUUCAUGCACUGAAUUUGAAAGGUAGUCGCAGAUGAUUUUGCGGAGACGUUGAAUUUGAUCGCUGGUGGAGAGGCACUAUUUGCUGUAGGGAACCCUAGUGUGGGUUUGGUCAGGGUUACGAAAGCAUUUUCUUGUUGAGGGUUUACGAGGGGGAGCUUGUGAGGAUGGCGACGCCGUUCAUUGCAGGGCUUUCAGUUGCAGCAGCAGCGAUGGCAGGGAAGUAUAGUAUUGAGGCGUGGCAGGCCUUCAAAGCUAGGCCGGCGACGGCGCGGAUGCGCAAGUUUUACGAGGGUGGAUUCCAACCUGUCAUGACGCGGCGCGAAGCUGCUCUCAUUUUGGGAGUUCGAGAGAGUGCAGCGCAGGACAAGGUCAAGGAGGCGCAUCGCCGUGUUAUGCAGGCCAAUCACCCGGACGCCGGUGGGAGUGAUUUUAUUGCAUCUAAAAUUAAUGAAGCGAAGGAUCACCUUCUGGGUCAGAAACGCGGCAGCGGGUCGGCUUUUUAGAGUUAUGGUUCGAAUCUCGAUUUAUUUCUAGGGUGAAUUUAGUGAUCGGUGCGUUUGUGAUCAUAUUGGAAGAGGAAUCGUCGUGCAGUCAUCAUCCCCUUCGUUAUUAACCGCGCAACGAAUGGUGCCCGCUUGAUACCGUAAUUGGUAGUCCUGCUCUUGACUAGGAGCGUUCUCUCCCGGAAGUGUUGUAUACAUUUAGAUAAUAAAAAAAAAUUGCUCCAACCA